UCCAUUGGGUUCGAGUCAAAGCCAUGGACACUAAAACACUAUUAUUCUGCCUGACUGCUGUGAUCGUUUCUGUUGGAGUCACCAAUGCGACCUCUUAUGGUGGGGUAAUCAUUCACACAGAUGGUAAUCCCACUAUUAAUGGAAAUGCCAAAGGUGCAGUUUGCGUCUUCCCUUUCGUGUAUAAACGCACAAUGUACUGGAAAUGCACCAGCAUUAAUCAUAACAAGCCAUGGUGUGCGACUACACACAACUAUAACAGGAAUAAGAGAUGGGGAGAGUGUAUUAGUUUAGGUAAUCCCACUAUUAAUGGAAAUGCCAAAGGUGCAGUUUGCGUCUUCCCUUUCGUGUAUAAACGCACAAUGUACUGGAAAUGCACCAGCAUUAACCAUAACAAGCCAUGGUGUGCGACCACAUACAACUUCGACAAGGAUAAGAGAUGGGGAGAGUGUACUGACUUAGUUGUACCAACUCCAUCACCUGACCCUUGUGAUGGUAUCACAUGUGGGGAGAAGCAGGAAUGCAAGAGAGGUGCCUGCGUUCACACAUCAGAGGAGACCUGCUCGGCUCUGGGUGAUCCCCAUUACAGAACCUUUGAUGGGAAACGCUACGACUUCCAAGGCACCUGCACCUACACCAUGGCUGAGGUUCUGAAAAAAGAGGCAGGCCUUGUUCCCUUCACAGUCCUGGCCAAGAAUAACCACAGAGGCAACAAAUGGGUGGCGUAUGUCAGGAAGGUCACAGUUACUGUGUACAAUCACACCGUGACCAUCAGCGAAAAAAGGGCCAGAGCCGAGGUGGAUGGUGAAAUUGUUUACCUGCCUGUGAGUCUAGCGGGGGGAAAGCUCCAGGUAGUCCACAGAGGCAGGAAUGCUGUUCUGACAACAAAGUUUGGGCUGAAAGUCACAUACGACUGGAAUAUGAUGCUGCGCAUCACAGCACCAAGCAGCUACUUUCGUACACUGGGCGGAUUGUGUGGGAAUUACAACGGUGACCGCAAGGAUGAAUGGACCACCCGCUCUGGAAGUCGACUUUCCUCUGCCCUCGAGUUCGCAAAGAGUUGGAAAAUGCAGGAUGGGGACUUGUUUUGCUAUGACGACUGUCGUGGGAAAUGCCCCAGUUGCUCGGCAGCCCAGAAAAAUGAAUUUAGUGGGGUAGAGUACUGUGGCCUCAUCACUGACACCAAGAGUGUAUUUGCCAAAUGCAUAAAUAAAGUUGACCCUGGUAUGUUCUUCGACAACUGUGUGUAUGACACCUGCAUCAAUAACGGCAUCAGAAGCUUCCUCUGUGACAACAUUGAAAAUUAUGUGGAUGAAUGCAUGGCUGCGGGCAUCAAGAUCAAUGGCUGGAGAACUCUUGCAAACUGUCCGAUGGACUGUCCUGCAAAUAGCCACUAUGAAGCAUGUGGGCCAGCGUGCGCAGCCUCCUGUGCUGAGAGAAAUGCCCCAUCCACGUGUCAGGAGCCCUGCGUAGAGGGCUGCCAGUGUAACAAGGGCUUUGUGCUCAGUGGUGAAACGUGUGUGCCAGUGAGCUCAUGUGGCUGCACCAGUGGAGGGCGCUAUUACCCUCCAGGACAGACAUUUUGGGCUGACAACACGUGCACUAAAAAAUGCACAUGCACGUCUGGAACCCUGCAGUGCACUGUAACCAAGUGCAAGAGUUCUGAAGUGUGUUCUUUGAGGAAUGGUGUGAGAGACUGUUACCCACUGUCUUAUGGUACCUGCCGUGGCUCCGGUGACCCACACUACCGCUCGUUUGAUGGCAAGAAAUUUGACUUCCAAGGAACAUGCACAUACCUCUUGUCCAAAGUAAUCAGCACUACAGAUCCUUCUCUGAAACCUUUUGAGGUGCAGGUCCAGAAUGAGAACCGAGGCCGAAACAAGGCAGUGGCAUACACCAAGACAGCCUUGAUAAAAGUGUAUGGACACACCAUUGUUUUGAGCAGCGACAAUCCCGGCAGAGUCAUGCUUAACAACACGUUUGUAAACCUGCCACUGGCAUUGGAAAAUGGACGACUGUCAAUUUUCCGAAGAGGCCGGGCUGGAGUGGUCAAAACUGAUUUUGGCCUGGAAAUGCAGUUUGACUGGAGAAGCUACGUGUCAGUUACUGUCCCAAGCACCUACCAAGGAGUGCUAGGUGGCCUGUGUGGAAACUUCAAUGGCCAUGGAAACGAUGACAUGCUCACACCCAACAAAACCCCUGCCAAAAAUCCAACGGAGUUUGGUGAAAGCUGGAAAGUGAAGAAUGAUUCUCGGUGCAAAGACACUGAAAAAUGUGAGGGCAAGACGUGCCUUAAGUGUGACAUCAACUCAAAGCAGAAUGAGCCGUUCCAAAAACCCUGCAGCAUCCUCACAGACAAGACUGGUCCUUUCAAGGACUGUCACAGCAAAGAGGAUCCAGAGCAGUACUAUGAAGACUGUGUUUAUGACAUGUGCAUGUAUCAGGGCCACUCCUCUGCACUUUGCAACGCCCUCAGCACGUACACCUCCGUGUGCCAGGAGGCAAAAGCCAGGAUCGACGUCUGGAGAACAGAGUCACUUUGUCCGCUGGCUUGCAAAGCAAACAGCCACUACGAGGCUUGUCCGUCCAGCUGUUCUGCGAUGUGUCCCGGAACUGAUGAGCCAGAAGGCUGCGAAAACACUCCCUGCAGUGAGGGCUGCGAGUGCGAUGACGGCUUUGCGCUGAGUGACGAACAGUGUGUGCCACAGGAGCAGUGUGGUUGUGUGCACAAGGGCCGCUACUACCAGCAAGGCCAGGUGUUCUUCCUCGACGACCAGUGCAAGGGCCGUUGUGUGUGUGGAAACGACGGCAGGGUGCAGUGCCAAAGCGAUUUCUCCUGUGGGCCCAAUGAAGUGUGCCGCAUCCAGGACGGGGCCGAGGGCUGCUUCCCACCACCACAGCCACCUGCUCCGUAUCUGGGACAGGACACUAUCACUCCUUUGACAACAGGGACUUCAGCGUUCCUGGCAACUGUGUGUACAAAAUGGCAGAGGUCACCCAAGACAAUGAUGGUAAAAGGGUUCCCUUCAGUGUGGUAGUCCAUCAGGAAUCUGCAACUAAUGAUCCAACGGUUACCCGUAGUGUCCAAAUAGAAGUCAAUGAUAACAACAUCGUCAUGCUUCCUGGAAGAAUCUGGGAAGUAAUGCUGGAUGGCAUCCGAGUGAAUCUCCCUCUCCAACUGGACGACGGGAAGGUGCAAGUCUAUCACAAUGGACACGUCAUCGUUCUGCAGACUAACUUUGGCUUAGAGGUGACAUAUGACAC